UUUAUUUUUGGCUUACUAAAUAUAUAAGUACAGUUGUCCUUCCCUAUGAAUGGAAAUGCUCCUGCUUCCCUCUCCUCUCUCCAUCCCUCAGCCUCUGCGUCACGUGGUUACACCUCGGACAGAGCAGUGGGCGUGUCCUAAACGGCGGGGUUUCAUUCAUAAAUACUUUCUGCUUUAAAAAAAAAAAAAAAAAAAACCCAGCCUACAUUAAAGUGUUCGCGGGAACGUUUGUUGCUUUCGUCUUCGUCCCUCCGCUCCCGUACGGACCGGGCCGGCCGAGCAGAGUAGCCAUGCAGAGCUUUCCUCCUGUUGCUCCGAGACCAGAGAAACGACCCUGAGGAGGAGAAGCUCUGCUGCCCCGAGCUCAAGUCGGCUGGGUGGGCUGAGGAUGCAGCGAGGGAGCUGAGGAGGAGACCGACGCACACACAUCCAGAGCUGGUGCUGCUACUGCUGCGCACUGCCCUCCGUCAGGGGGGGUCAUAUAGUUGGCUUGGACCAUGAGCAAUGAGUCUACCGUCUGGAACAUUCUACCAGAAAACUCCACAGAGAUCCCACUCGAGGUUGAGGAGCAGCAAAAUGGCUWCAUCCUCCUGCUGGUGAUCCUGUCCGUCUUUCUGGUAGGAACGCUGAUCUCCAUCGCGGUCUUCCUCAUCACUUGUCGUCGCUGCUGUCAAGGAGGGCGAUUCUGUCCCAGGACCAGCGAUGACCCCGAGAAAACCACCACGUACAUGGAGGAGUCUCAGCCCACCCAUGAAAUCACUAUCAGGGUGGAUGAGUCAGACUGCCUGUCCAUGACGAGCUCUCACGACCAAGAGACGGAGCGCUUCCUGUCCACCGGUCCCACAGGCCGCCGUGUCUCCUUCAAUGAAGCUGCGCUCUUUGAUCAUGGCAAGAAAACCCAGGAGAAAGGCCGCAGGUACACUCUGACUGAAGGUGAUUUUCACCACCUGAAGAAUGCCCGUCUCACAAACCUCCACAUCCCACCUCCUGCGCUCAAGAUAGUCACCAUCCACGAAUGCGACUCGGCCGAAAACACCAUCAACCUGACGUCACGCCCUGUCGCUAAAUCAGCWCUUUCCAUCUURCAGCCGGUGCURUGCCCCCUGCCACAAACAGCACUGACAAGCCUGAGUGUGAACCCUAGUACUGCCCUCCCCGGGGAUGCUCUCAACUCCAUGGUGGACACCAGCUUCUGUGAGAACCCUGCACUUCUCAGCAGCAAGGAGACGAGCUCCAGCUCUACCGAGAUAAUGGGAGUGAAGCCCUGGGACAGAGGCAGCAGUGCCGGCGUGAAAGACAGGAUGACUGCAGGAAACACCGGCGCUCCUGCCGGCAGUGGCGCAGGGAGCCCAAAGCCCGUGCUGCAGUUCCUCACGAAACUUCGACGCCAUGCCAGUCUGGAGGGAGCCAGUCCCUACUUCAAGAUAAAGAAGUGGAAGCUGGACAGCAGCCAGAGAGCCUCCAGUCUGGACACGAGAGGCUCUCCCAAGAGGAGACAGUUCCAGCGCCAGCGGGCCGCCAGCGAGAGCAUGGACCAGGACAACAARGACACGCACCACAUAGACCUCAUCCAGUACAUCGCUCGCACCCAGGACAUCACCUACUACCCGAGCCAGCCCGCCACACGCCUCCUCUCACCCCCCUCCACACCACCCCCCUCCCUCGGCAGGGUAGAGGUAGAGGUGAUGGUGGAGCCCAGAUGCAGCCACUGUGGACCAGGGGUGAUUGGCUUGUCCCCUGAUCCCCAAGAAGAGACCCUCUCUCUGGUAAAAAGRGAAGAGGCCCACUCCUUGGAUCCCCUCCAAUCCCAGGAUCCCCAAUCACUUUACCGAGACAUCUGGACGCUACGUGCAACACUUGAACAGUCCGCAGCUUCUGACCAGAGCAGCAACAAUGACAGGAACUCAGCGUGCAGUGAUGCUGACAGUGUGUGUUCGCUGGGCGGACGCACCGAGAUGGAAAGAGGGGGGCUUCCCAGCUUCCCGUCCCAGGAMUUGGGGGACGAGGCGGAGGGUGGAGAGGAUGAAAAGGACCUCUUUGGGCAAAUGGAAGAGAAGUUGGGGGUACAAGACUCAGGAAAGAGAAAACAUGGCAGCUCAGAAUCAGAGAUUCGGGGAAGCGAUGGAGAAUCAGGGACUCGUAAGCUAUUGCAGAUGGACAGUGGCUACGCAUCAAUAGAAGCUCCAUCUCGAGGUUCAGACGACGUGCGACUGUUUGGAAGCGGCAGCAUCUCAGGAAGCCCCAAGGACAGAACUGCCCAUGAGAGAAGGCAUCAUUUCACAAAUGCAGGGAGAACUGGCACGAUCGGAGAGAGCUUUGAGUCUCAUCUCACUGAAGAAGAGCCUGAUGAUGGGCUGUUGCUGGGUGCCAGUGGAGGGGUUUCCAUCGAAGCGAGUGCCAGCUCACUGAACUGGUUGCCUUAUGGUCAGUUGCUCAUGCCUCGAGAGGCUGCACAGCCUCCGCCUCAACCACUGACUCUGCACCGGAGGGACUACAGCAUAGAUGAGAAGACAGAUGCACUCUUUCACGAGUUUCUCCGCCACGACCCUCAGUUUGACCAGCAGGAGUCUCAGAGYAAGCACCGGUCCCGAAUCCACCUGCGUAAGCAGUGGCAGCGCCACAAGCAGUGGAGCGACCCUGGAGUCAGGCAUUUCCAGUCCUCCUCUGAGAGACAACGGACCCCACUGCGGAGGGGGGACAGUGUGAACUACCCCCUGGACACAAGCUACCACAGUAUUCUGCCYCGGAUUGUUAGUGCUCCUGAUGAGGAGACCAGCGAUGGGACCGGCAGCACUCCUGAAAUGCCAAAAGUAGAACCAGCCACUUUGGACACUGGAGACAAGUACAAAAAACUUAGUGUUGCUGUGARGGACUCCGAGGACCUCACAUCCUCUUGUCUUCCACUUCAACCUUCCAUCUCGGAAAAAGAUGGUGGGCCGGCUGAGCACCCUCCCGAACCUCCAGAUGAGCGCUCGCCCCCUCAGCUGCCCGAUUCCUCGAGCUACGGCCCACAGACUAUCACAGCAGAGCUCACAGACAAACUGACUGCCAACCUGGACGAGAGGCUGUAUACAGGCCUUCGCCGGGCCAGGGACACAACCACCGAGUAUGUGACGGUGACAGCCACAUUGCACGCUUCUCCAGACCACAGCCCAGUGUAGCAGGGCUACAGUCAUCAGCUUUAACUGCAUCACUUAGGUUUUAACUUCUUUGUAAUAUUUUUAGGUCCAGCUUGAAUAGUGAYGUUUAGACCAGUGCAAGAUCUUCAGAUAAAUCUAAAAUCAACCCAACCAGAUAAAAUACUAACCAUGCAAAUGUUCAUUAAUGAAGUAAAACAAGGUUACCGUAUAAAAACAUGUUUCUUUUAAAUAACUGUAUCUCCUCUUUAUCCCAUUUCUGUAUCCAGUUUUUGUCUCGGCUCCUCUCUAAUAAUUUAUCACCUUCUUUUCUCACUAAUCCACUGUGAAACCAGGUGCUAUUAGACACGUGGAGAGCUACUGAACUUAGCUGUCAGUGUUGUGAUCUUACAGCAUUUAGUCAAUUGUUUUAUUAUGUUCAUGAGUAUGGGUAUUUAUUAUGGGGGCUGGGGUAGAUUAGUGGUUAGUGAUGCAGUCUCGUACUCUUGAGGCUGAUGGUUCGAGCCCAUGUUGUGUCAGAACCGACAACCGGCGUAAAACAGUCACAUUUUUCAUGUGAUUUUGCUCUCAGUGGCAACRAUUUUAGAAGGGAGCAGCUGAAAGAAAAACAAUGACAUGAGAACUGGGAUUUACCCAAAUCUUUACGUUGGUGUGUUCCAGGUUAAUCCAAAACUUCCAGGAAAUGGAUGAGUCCGGCUCAGAUUCUUAUUUUAUUUUUGAUUUUUUUGUCCUAAUGGCAGGGKGUGAGUCAGAAUGUCUAAAUGUGCAGGAACAUUUGAAGGAUUGCCAUUUUGUGAAAGUAAAUGAGAUGUAUUUUUUCCACAGGUGUGUAACCUGUUAUCUGAAAAGUUUUGAACUGGAAAGGGUUUUCAACUACUUUUUACUUAURUGAUGAGAAGUAAUGUAUAUUUUUAUACGUCUUCACUGCUUUAAAUGACAAUGAAAACUGACAGCAGGUUUAAAGGUAUAGUUCAGACCUUUGAAAGUUCUGUAGGAAGGUUAAGAACAAUUAAUAUCCUCAGGUCAGGUCUUAGUCUGGAGAAAUAGAAAUCUUUAUGAUUGGAUUGACAAGCCCAACCAAGGUCAAAGUGAACUGUUACCAUUGUAAAACAAAUUAUACUUAAAAUUUCAUAGCAAUUAAGGUYAAUCCUGGGGGUGACCCAGACUGUACAGAGGAUGCUACAGCUAGCUGCUGCUGCCUUCAUUUUCACAUGCAAAUAAUCAUGUAUUCACUUUAGUCUUGGUCUCUGUGCAACUAGCCUUUAGCUUGUCAYUCGGAUCAGAAUUAAACUUUAUUCUUCCAAGUCAUUCAAACAGGUAGGAUKAUAAUUGUUCACAGGUGUUCCUCAUAAAAGAAACUUCUAAUUUAUAGUUUCAAGAGAGAACAGGUUUGGCAGUGCAACACUGAAAAUUUAAACCAGCCUUUUGGUUUGAGAAAACCAGAUCAGUCAAAAAUAAAUCGGUAGUUUUCGACUCAAACUCUCAGCACAAUUCAACACAACAGACUACUUAGUUUCCAGGUUUACAGUCAUGAAAAUGGCAGUUGUACUACUGAACAUGAUGGACUUUUACAGACUAUUAAAGGGUGGGGUAUUCGGUAUUUUUUCCAGACACAUAGUUCAAUUCUGUAUCACAAUCAACUAUGUUACCUUCGUUUGUCAAAGUGUAUAUAUGACAAAAUCUGAGUUUGCAUCAGACACCUUGAAAUUGGCCUCUGUCUCUUUAAGAACCUCCWACCGUUUCUGACACUCCAACUUCAGCGUGUCCUUUUAGCUAUAAUUCAUAUCAGUUACAACCUUUUGUAGGAGAAAGGUCCAACCAUUUUUGACGAACAGGAAUUGUAAAAAAGAGGAUUUUGCAUCCAAAAAUACAUUUCCUUGAUUYUGGCAUUUUUAAAUCUGAAAACGACUGAACUGAGAAGUAGUUAGUAUUACAAGCCCGACAGAUGUGCAGUUCCACCAGGUGUUUGCUACURGUUGCUGCCGCGGAGCUGUGGGGGAGGCGUGAGGGAGGGGAGGAGCUURGGGUAAAUAGGUGGUGCUUUGUACCAGCAAGCAUUUGGGCAGCUCCACAUGACCACYGGAGACUCAAGGAUUUCUCAAACAUGCUUGAAUGAGUUUAAGCAACACCCUGGGUGUGUUUUUGAUGAGGGAAUGACAUUAUAACYUAAUAUAAAUCUCAAAGUAGRUGGUUUUGAAUAAUACCCCUGRCCCCUUAAGAGACACKGUUUWAUAACGCUGUUCUCAUUUUCCCUUUGUUUUCUCUUGUAAUGCUCAGAAGACUAAAAAGUGUCACUUCCUGUCUUUUUAUAAAACAGAACAAAAAGUACAUUUUAUUUAUUUCAGUCUGCUUUAUUCUUAGUCUUAUAUUGCAUCUUUCUGUGAUUAUCAAAGCUGAGCAGCAGCCUAAAUAAACUCCCWUCAUCAGAAAGCUGUAUGGGGUGCGGAAGUCGAAGUGGUACAGUUCACUGUUAAUCUGCCUUCAUARCCCAAGCUGCAGCAGGCUGAUCAUAAACUGGUUUUUGACCGUGAUAUCGCUCUCAGUGGGGCCAUAAAGUUCUCCUUCUCUCCCCUGUGCAGCAGGAGGACUUACUACAAAAGACCGGGUAGCAUAUUAAUCAUAAGAGGAGGAAGCUCAUCACAUCCCUCCAUAUCCUCCUGCUCACUCUUUGAAGCUGUCAUGCAGCAAAUUCAAAUCAGAGUUAGUCUGUUUCUUCAGGUGGAUAAUGAUGAUGAUGGUUCCCCUUUCCUGCCUACUCAGAUUAGAUCUUUAUAAUCUCGUAGUAAAGUGGGCAGAAGUUCCUGGCCUGGCUGAGAUGAAAGGAGGGUGAAUGCAAAUGACGACCCGAGAGCCUUUUCAUUCACAUACAUGUGAAGUAUUUUGCGCCAUCAUACGCUGCGUGGUGGUGCUAUUCAGCAACAUGGAGAGGAAUAAGGUCCAUCGCUUCAAUGUAAUGAGGGAACAUCUGACAUCCUUGAACCAAUCAAGAAAAUGACUUCAAACCAAUGCAUCCUGUCUGUAAAAAUAUCAAAGCCUGCUGUGUAUCCAAGCACAACGUCACAUGAGCUAGACUAAAUCAGUGUUCUUCAUUUAUUCUAGACAGAAUCAGUUCAACGUGGGGACAUAGUGGUGAAGUGUUUGUAUACAAACCAGUAGCCUGUCACAUGGUGCAUAGCCAUAUGUAAGUCUGCAUGAGCGUUAACCUUCUAGCACAAACUCCUUAUCUUACAGACAAACUGAUUGUUUUUGAUCAUUAGCUGAAGGCUGAGGUCCACACUUAGGCACGACUAGACUUUUCUGUGUUUUAAGAAAUCCAACUUUUAAGGCUCAGAGGACGUYACCAAUGAGAUUUUGUGGUAUAAUCUCAUAAAAAGUGCAACUAUAUCUGUAUUUGCUUGUUUGUAAACUGCAUCAUUUCCCUUAAAAAUAUGUUGAGCUUUCUUAGAAACUUUGCUUUUGUUGAUUCAAAGCUUGAGGGACCAAAUUGUUUUGGAAAAAAAAAGAUAAUAAUAAAAGUUAAUGUUAUUUUAGGCUUGUUUUACAAUCUGUGAAUAAAUGAAUGAAAGAAAAAA